AUGGAGUCACGACUAGUGAAGAGAAGCCACCAAAGCAGCGGAACGAACUCGAACCCUGUGGCGGUGUCGCUCCUGGGCCUGGCGGCGUCUGUCGCGACGAUCGCCAGCACACCUAUCGCGCCCAGCGCGGCGCUGUCAGCCGUCGUGGCCGGCCUGCUCUCCCACCACUGGGGCCCAGGCGGCAGCGGGCCUCAAGCCAAGGCCGAGCCCCCGCCUUCCGCUGGAGCUGCGGAUGACUGGAGCCCACAUGACGGCCUGGGCGGCCGCGCAUACCCCACUGUCGAGGGCUGGCCGUCCGAGCGCGAGCCCGAGCCUGGCGGCGGGCCGCCGCCGAGCUCGGGGCAUGGGACAGGGGCGGGCGAGGCGCAGCGUGUGGUGGGGGCGGAUGGUCAGGAGGUGCUGGCGGCCUCCAGCUCCAGCCUGCUGUCCAUGGUGCAGCGCAUCGCCACCCUCAGGCGCAGCCUGGGGCCGGGGCUGCCGCCAGAGCAGCCACACCUUGGUGGCGCCGCAGGCACGACGGGUGGGGGCGCCGCAGGGCCCAACGAGGAGCGAGCGGUCCAGUCAGCAGUGGGUGGGGAGACCGCGGCAGCGUCCGGAGAGCAGCAGGCGGAGACGGGCCGGCUGCUCGCGCGCGCACUCGCUAACGUGCAGCGGCUCACGACGCUGAUCCGCGAGCGCGACGCACGGGUGAAGCGUUUGGAGCAGCAGCUUGCGGUGAUGGCGGCCACCACAGCGGCGGCCGCCCUGGCCAGCAGCAGGGCCUCUGCCGCCCAGGUGGCCGCACCGCCGGGGCCGUCGCACGCCGGCUCCGCUGCCACGUAUGCUCCGCAACACUCCAACGCGCGCGCGGCGGCCGCCGAGGCCGACGCCAAGGCCGCACGCAGCGCGGCGCGCGUCGCAGAGGCUGCUGCAGCGGCAGAAGCGGAGGUGGCGGCCGCGCUGCGGCGAGAGGUGGCUGCGCGGGAUGCUCAGCUGUCGGAGCUGAGGGGGCAGCUGGCGGCAGCUGCGGCGGCCGAGGCUGCGCUGGGUGAAGAGCUGUCGGAGGCGGAGGCGGGGGCGCAGCGCUCCACGUGGUCGCUGCUGCAGAAAGAGGCGGCGUUGCAAGGCCUGCAGCAGCAGCUGGCAGCAGGGGAGGACACGGCACGCAAGCAGGCCGAGGCGCAGGCGGCGCUGCUGAGCGAGAAGGAGGCCAUCAUCACCGCCCUCAUGGACAAGCUUGAAGCAGUGGGGGCAGCGCUGGACCUGGCCGGCCGCGAGAGGGCGACGGCCGAGGCAGAGGCGGCGGCGCUGCGCACAGCCGGGGCCCAGGCGGACGCUGCCGCGGCACGCGGCUUGCUGGAGGCGUCAAGCGCAGCGGCAGCGGCCGAUGCCGCGGCGGCCGCGCUCCGUGCCAGCUUGGCGGCUGCCGAGGCUGCCGCCACGGCGGCAAGCGCAGAGGCGGCCGCGGCCCGCGAGGCGAUGCGUGAAGAGGCGCGGGCAGGGGCGCUGCGGGGCGCCCUGCUGGACGCGGCGACCUGUCAGGCCGCCCUGCUGCGUGAGGAAGACGCCCGGCGGCUGCGCUCGGCCGAGGCCGCCCACGCCGCGGCCCUGCAGGAGCGCGACGCCCGCCUGGACGCGCUGCAGCUGCAGGCCGCGCGGCUGGACGAGGCGCGGCAGGCCGCGGCCGCGGCGCUCGCCUCGGAGAGGCGGGCGGGCGUAGAUGCGGGGGCGGCGGCGGCGGAGCUGGAGCGGCGGCUGCGGGAGGGCGCUGAGGUGGCUGCUCGACUGCAGGGUGAGCUGGCGGCGUUGCAGCAGGCGCAGGCGGCGGCGUCCAGGCGCGCCUCUGCGGACGCCGCAGACAGGGCGGGACCCAGCGCGGCGCAGGAGCUGGCCGGGUUUGGCCUGCUGCGGGUGCUGGCGGCACAGUGGGAGGCGGCGGGCGGCGCGGCAGAGGCACACGUGGUGGCGGCGGUGCAGGCAGCGGCAGCGGCUGCAGCCAGCGCGCAGGAUGCUGAGGAGCGGGCAGCUCGGGCUGAGGGAUUGCUGGCGGAGGCUCGCUCUGAGGCUGCUGCUGUCCUGGACGGCAGCGCUGAGCAGCUGCAUCGCGCCGCGGCCCAGCACGCCUCCGCCCUGAAGAGCCGCGAAGCCAGCCUGGCGGCGCUGCAGAUGCGCGCCGCAGCCCUGGAGGCAGAGCGCGAUGCGGCAGGUGAGGCGCUCCGCGCAGAGAGGCAGGCGCGCGCCGACAGCGACGCGCGCGCCGCGCGGCUCGAGGCUGCUCGCCGCUCCGCGGCCGAUGCGCUGGCGACGGAGCGCGCCGGCGCCGAGACAGCCGCAGCUGCGGCGCUGCAAGCUUCUCAGCGGGCGGCGGCGGAGGCGCUGGAGGCCGAGCGCGUCGCGCGCGCCGACGGCGACGAGCGCACGGCCGCGCUGGAGCGGCGCCUGCAGACGGCUGAGGGCGAGGCGGCGCGGCUGGCAGAGGUCGUGGCUGCGCUGGAGCGGCGGGCGCAGGCGGCGGCGUCCAGGCGCGACUCUGCAGACGCGGCAGACAAGGCCGGGCCCAGCGCGGCGCAGGAGCUGGCCGGCUUCGGCCUGCUGCGGGCGCUGGCGGCGCAAUGGGAGGCAGUGGGCGGCGCGGCAGAGGCGCUGCUGGCGGCGGCGGCCGCCGGUGCCGCCGAGCGCGCGGCCGAGGCCGGGCGGCUGAGAUCGCUGCUGUCAGAGGCGCGGGGCGACUUGGAGGGGGAGCGGCAGCGGGGCGAGGCGACAGCGGGGGCGCUGGCGGCGGCGGAGGGCGAGCUGCGGGCGCAAGAGGCGCGCGGCGCGCUGCUGGAGGCGCAGGUGGCCGGCCUGACGGCGGACGUGGAAGCGGCGUCCGCCGCGCGGAGGGAAGCCGCCGCGCAGCUGCCGCGGGUGCCGGUCGGCCCCGGGCAGUACGAGGCCGCGCUGGCGGCGGCGAUGCAGGCGCGCGGCCCGCUGGGCGCUGCCCUGGUGGCCCAGGAGGAGGAGCUGCGGCUGCUGCGGGCGCGCGACGCGGCGGCCUGGGCUGCAGCCAGUGUGGGCCAGAUGCAGUCGGACGCGACAGGGGCCGAGGGUGGCGCGGCGCUGGGCAGCGAGGCGCUAGCGGAGGCGCAGCGGCGCUGCGAGGCGCUCGAGGCGGCCGCCGCCGCCGCGUCUGGCGGCGAGGCCCUCGCGCGCGCCGCGCUCGCACGCAUGGAGGCUGCGGCCGCGGCUGCACAUGCGGCGGCGGAGUCGGCGGCGCGCGAGCGCGACGCCAGUGCGGCUGCGCUGGCGGUGGCGCAAGCGGCGUUGGUUGAGGCAGAAGGGGUGCGCGGGGCUCUGGCCAGGGACCUGCGGGAGGAGCGUGUGCGCGGUGCGGCCGCGGCUGCGGGCCUUGCGGCAGCCGAGGGGGCUGCGGCAACCAGGCUGGCGCAGGCGGAGGCGGCCGCGGCGGAGAGGGUGGCGGCGCUGCAUACAGAGCUGGAGGCCGCGUCGCUCGCGGCGACCGCAGCAGAGGCGCGGGCGUCUGCCGCGGCCGAGGCCGCGGAGGAAGCCCGCGCAGAGGCGGCGCGGCCGCACGCCGCUGCUGGGCGUGCCCCGGUGCCGCGGGCGGCUCGCGCUGGUGAUGCUGGCACCGGCGCGGCGCCGGCCGACGGCGCAGUGCCAGCCGCUGGAGAAUGGCGGGUGGCCUUGGCUGAGCUGGAGGGCCUUCUGCUUGCCGCGCAUCGGUCUGGCGCCUCCGCCGGCGCCACCGUCGACCUCGCCAGCGAGACCGCCAUCAGCGCCGACUACGUCGCGGGCUCGGCCGGGGCCGCGGCCAACACAGAGGGCCUGGCGCAGCUGUCUGAGGCGCUGGCACUGCUGGGGCGGCUGACGGGCAUGGUGGACGCGCGGGAUGCUGACAUCAGCGCGCUGCACGAACGGCUGGAGGCCGCCGCAGCCGAACCCACCAGGGCCGAGCAGGAGGCGGCUGGGGAGGACGGCGGCGGGAAUGGCGGGAAUGGCCGCGGCGAGCGCACCGGCGACGGCCCCGUGGCCGACAACGGCCGCGCUGGCGCGGGCAAAUGGGGGGCUGUCCACGCGAGGCGGCGUGCAGGGCGGCGCAGCCACACCGGUUCGGGCGUGGCGUUCGUCGGCUCAUCACACGCAUUCAGUGGCGACAGCAGCCCGCGCCGCGAGGCGCAGGGCAACCAGCGAGGCAGCCUGGCUGCCGACACUACAGAUACCAGAUACGUUUUGGGGCAGCAGCGUGUGCAGCAAGAGCGAGGGACUGGACAGCAGCAGCAGCGGCGACGCUGGCAGCGGCGGGCGCACGCGCUGGCGCCGCGCUUGAAUUUUGCGCUGCUGAGGCCGCGGGCGGCGAGGCUGGAGCCAGGGGACGCGCGGGUGCAGCUGGAGCGCGCCAGGGAGGAGCAGAGGGCAUCAGAGGCGGCGAGCCGCGAACAGUUGGGAGCGCUCAGGGGCGAGCUGGCAGCGUCGCAGGCCGAGCUCGCAGCGGCGCGCCACGAGGCGGACGGGUUGGCGGCGGGGGCGCUGGCGGCCGCUCUGUCCAGACUGCCAGCUGGCGCGCUCCCCAUGCCCGUGCCUGUUGCCGCUGCGCCAUCUGCCGCGGCUUCUGUUGAGCUGGAGGUGGUGAUAGCCCUCCUACAGGAGUUCAAGACGGCGGCGGGGCUGCGCGGACGCCUGCAGGAGUAA